AUGGAUCAUUCAAUAGAAACCACUUUCAGAGUAAAAACCCAGCAGGUAAUCAUACCGGAGCAGAAAAUAGAAGAGGAUGAGGUUCCGUUGCGUCGGUGGCAGAUGGAGCUCAUCAUGCUAGACGCAAAAGGUAACGAAGUAGAGGCUACUAUAAUAUCUAAAUGCAUAUACCAUUUGCAUCCUAGUUUUAAAAAGCCCAGAAGAAAACUGAAUUCAUCACCCUUUCUUAUAAAGGAAACUGGCUGGGGAGAAUUUAACCUGCAGAUUGAAUGCUUCUUUGUAGACGAUGCCGGAAAAUUUACCAUUGAACAUGACUUAACGUUUGAGGAUAAUGCGUAUGCAAUUGAUUAUGCUGUUAAUAUUCCAUGUGGAUCUCAAAUUCUUAGAAAUGAGCUAUCCAAAUAUUUUCAUCUACCGCAAGAAAUUGUGAGCCAGCAAGAAGAGGAAUCGCUCCGUAUGGCUGAUUUAUCCUGGAUUAAAACCCUAACUUUCAUUGACGAGGAUGUGAUGACGGACGUUGUUCAAAUGGUAUUGAGCGACCCUGCAGUACAAAACGCAGUCGAAAACCAUCCUAGAAGAGAACAGUUCUUUAUGUUCAUAACUCAACUACCCGAUGAACUGCUAAUGAAGGUCCAGAAGUUUUUAAAGAAGUUACCAAAUGAUGGAGCUGCUGAACUAGACACUACAGUUUCCGAUUUGGAUGCGACUAGUUUUCCAGAACUUAAAAACGGAUUUGUUAAUCGUAAGAUCCGUGGUGGACCAAAUACCUUAAAGCCAUCGUGA